AUGCCGUAUCUGUCGUUUCCCUCGGUCUCUAAUGGGGCUCCACCCGGGUAUCCACCAUUGAUCUCUGCUACUGUUAGUUCGUUUCCAGGAAUUCCAAGCAAUCCGAAUGUUCUCCCCCCAAUUUCUGCUUCGUAUCCAGUAACAAGGCCGGUGAUGAUGCCUUCAGUGUUGCCAACGAUGCCGGAAACAGACGUGAAUAGGUUCAAUUCUUCCAUCGUUUCGGUAGGACCAACUAGUGCCCAAUUGGCAGCCCGGCAAGUAAUGCCGCGGGAGUUGCCGAAGUUCAGCGGGGAUCCCGAGGAGUGGCCUAUGUUCUAUAGUUCGUUCAAGAACACGACGGAGGUUUGUGGAUAUACGGAUGCCGAGAAUCUAGCUAGGCUGCAGCGUUGCUUGGGAGGUUCAGCAUUGGAGGCAGUUAAGAGUCGUCUGCUCCUACCGGCAUCUGUUCCAUAUGUUAUGGAAACGCUGCGUAAGCUCUAUGGUAGGCCAGAAACAUUGAUUAGUUCUCUUCUGAAGAAGGUCAGGAACGUUCCGUCACCAAAGUCGGACAACUUGAACACUAUUGUCACGUACGGUCUAGUAAUUCAAAAUCUCGUGGAUCACAUUAUUUUGACCGACCAACAAGCGCAUUUAUGCAAUCCGAUGCUGCUCCAGGAGUUGAUCGACAAGCUACCCACUUCGCUUAAACUGCAAUGGGGGACCUACAAGCAAUCGUUCGGGAACGUCAACCUGGAGACAUUCAACAAUUUCAUGUCAGGGCUGGUGAAUCUGGCCUCCGAUCUGAGCAUCGGGGUCGACUCGGCACAAAACUACCACAAGCAACCUAGAGGGGAUAGGACGAAGCCGAAGGAGAAGUUAUUCACUCAUGCCAAUGAGUCACCAGUGGUGCCAAAGAAGGUGGAUGAAGGCAAAGAAGGCAUUUCGAAAGCGUGUUCCUAUUGCGAUAAAGACGGUCACCAGAUCGCCAACUGUUACAGUUACCGGUCAUUAGACGUCGAAGGCCGCUGGAAGGCAAUGAGGCAGAAGAAUCUGUGCAGACUGUGCUUGAUACCGCAUCGUAAAUGGCCAUGCCGGUCAAAAAAGGAAUGCGGAGUGGACGGUUGCCGUAUUCGACACCAUAUGCUGCUUCACAGUAAUCGCAACGGUGCUGCCGACGGUACCAAAUCUACCGAAACUGUUCACCAGUAUCAUCAUCACAUGAAAUCCUUUUCCCUGUUCCGUUAUCUGCCAGUCACGCUCUAUGGAAACGGAAAACAAGUCGAAACAUUUGUAUUUUUGGAUGAUGGAUCGUCUUCAACGUUGCUAGAAGAAGGAAUCGCAUCACUGUUGGGUAUCGAAGGUGAACCAGACAACCUGUUGUUGAGCUGGACAGGAAAGAUCAGUCGGCAUGAGAAGACAUCCAGGCGGUUAAGUGUGAACGUAUCCGGGGCUGGUAAGAAGGAAAUGUUCCAGUUAGGUAAUGUGCGAACGGUUCGGGAGCUGGGACUCCCAAGUCAAACGUUGGAUUACGUGGAGCUUUGUAGUACGUUCCCGCAUCUGCGAGGACUUCCAGUGGCCAGUUAUAUCGAUGCCAGGCCAGGCAUGAUUAUAGGUCUAGAGCACGUUCAGCUUCUCACAAGCUUGAAGACUCGUGAAGGUACCGGCAGUGAACCAGUCGCAACAAAAACUCGAUUAGGAUGGUGCGUGUAUGGAAGGAACUCGGGAAACGAAGGGUCCUUCGAACAACUGCAUGUCCACGCUUGCAGUGAGAUGAGCAAUUGCGACCUUCAUGACUCUAUGCGAAAGUUUUUCGCAGUGGAGGAGGCUGUAGUGACGAAGCAACUAGAAGCCGAAGAGGACAAGCGGGCACGCAGUAUUCUAGAAGCAACAACGGUGAGACGAGGAGCUCGUAUGGAGACGGGUUUACUCUGGCGGCAUGACGAUGUAAAAUUUCCGGAUAGUUUUCCAAUGGCAAUGAGUAGGUUGAAGGGCUUGGAGAAACGAUUGGCCAAGGAUCCUGAGCUGCGUAGAAGAGUCAACGAACAAAUCAAUAGUUACGAACAGAAGCAGUACGUGCGCAAAGUGCCACCAGAAGUACUAAGAAACAUCAGUCGACAGCGAAUGUGGUAUCUUCCGUUAGGUGUCGUAACGAAUCCCAAGAAACCGAACAAGAUCAGAAUGGUGUGGGAUGCUGCUGCGAAGGCUGGCGGAGUGUCGUUUAAUGACAUGCUACUGAAGGGUCCGGAUCUCCUCGUAUCUUUGGUGGAAGUCUUGUUACGAUUCCGGGAAGGGAAGAUUGCGGUGUGCUCUGACAUUCGCGAAAUGUUCCUGAGGAUCCUCAUUCGAGAGGAAGAUAAAUGGUCACAGUGCUUUCUAUGGAGAGACAGUCCAGACGCUGAAAUCCAGGUUUACGUGAUCAACGUUGCGAUGUUUGGUGCAACCAGUUCGCCGUGUACGGCGCAGUUUGUUAAGAACAGAAAUGCCUCCGACUACCUGGAAUUAUAUCCUCGAGCAGUAGAGGCGAUCAUCAAAAACCACUACGUGGAUGAUUUUCUAGAUAGUGUCAAUUCGGUGGAAGAAGCUGUGCAGCUUGUCAAACAAGUGCAGUUGGUCCAUGCAGCCGCAGGCUUCGAGUUUGGAAAAAUUUCAUCCAAUUCGCAGGAGGUGCUUGAUCUUCUAGGGGAGACUGGAUCGCCAACCAACAAGUUGCUCAACCUAGAAAAGGAUAGAGUCUAUGAGCGUAUCUUAGGAGUUGUGUGGGUUCGUGCAGUGGAUCACUUCACCUUCGAACAGACAGGGUUGGAUGGAAUCAUGGGUGAAAAUAGAGCAGUUCCAACAAAGAGACAAGUUCUACGUACCGUGAUGAAAUUGUACGAUCCAUUAGGCUUCGUGGCACACUUUGUGGUGCAGGGCAAAAUACUUAUGCAGGAGAUCUGGCGAACGGGUACCAACUGGGACGAGCCCAUUGCACAACAACUACAUGAUCUAUGGAGUAGAUGGAUUGCACUGUAUGCGGCUAUCAACGAAGUGAAAAUUCCUCGUUGCUUCUUCGGAAAUCUUCGACCACAGGAGGUUGACGAAAUUGAAAUCCACGUCUUCACGGAUGCAAGCGUAGUGGCAUGUGCGUGCGUAGCUUAUCUUAGAAUAUCGUCCACCAGGGGGAACUUGUGA